AUGGUAGAAUGGUCUUGAUAUUGGCGACUCCGAUUAAAAUUCCGCGUCCAGCAUAAAGAAGUGUAUAAGUACAUACAUAUGUAUAUAAAACUAUAAAGAAAGGCGGUAGCAGAAUAUGUGCUAUUAUAAUAAUCGAUACUAUCGAUAUAUUUUACAGUUUCGAUUCUCUAGACUUCUAAUAAAGACUAACAUUUAAUAAUGACAGCAUACAACCUGCGUCUGCAGUCACAAAAUCUCGUGCAUAUGCUGCAGAAUCGUGAAUCGUGUUACACCAGAGUCGGCAGCAAGUUCAAUCAAAGCCCAUACCUUACUUAUGAGCGAGGGUUCUACAAAUGUAUCACUCCCUGUCUUACAAUAGAUUAUGUGGCAGUGCCGCUUGUUUAUCUACGCAAGUUUACCCCUGACGGAAGCAAGCUCUUGGCAUUUUCUCACGAUCAAAAAAGCUUACAUAUUUACAAAUAUAAAGGCUUCGGCGCAUCGGGCGUGGGAGAACUAAUUUGCGAAACAGAAAUCGGAGAAACCGAGUGCUACACUGCCGGAAAAAUAGGCCCCGGCACACUAAAAAACACGAUAUUUGAUCGACUAUUCGCAACAAAUGAUGUUAGAAUUCUGCGCUUGUGCCAGGGCGAUUAUGGGCGCUUCUAUUUGCACCGUGAAUUUAGUGUUUUCUUGGAAAACGGACGUUAUGUUCUUCUCGCAGCAAUGUGCAUCUUGCAUGGAGCGUUGGCAACAGCGGAUUAUAUAAGCUAUCCGGAUCUCUUUGACAAACUAGACGCAUUCUCAUACAUAUUUUUUGUUGUGGAUUUGGUAUUGGGCGUAGUCACUGACAGACUCUUCCUGCCGCAAGAUUCAAUCGUUAUUGGACAUAAUCAUGGCAUUUCGGUCCAUGACUCCUUGGUAGCGAUCAUGUCGAGGUUAUAUCAGUGCAUAUAUAUAUAUGAGGUGGUCGCUGGCCGCCUCGUCAAACGAGACACAAUUGGUCCUCGGCCAAGGGGCUUUAUCGAUGAAGUUUCUUCAGAUAUAGGUGUUCUGGACGCCAAUACAAUUUUUCCAAUUACACACAUAAAACAACGCGUACUGAGUUUUUUAUAUAGACAAAUUGAUGGAAACAGCUCCAGAUCAAGUCAAAGAUAUCAGGAUUUCUACAAGAACUUCGACUUUUUGGAGCAUAUGAUAAUGGAAAAGAUGCAAUUGGUUAACAGGGACCUGAUCUUGUUGCGUUUUGAAAAACGACCAAAAGACAAUGAUAUUACGCCGCUGUUAACGUUGGGCGAGAUCCCCACUCCUCGCCGUUUUUAUGUUUUCUACACCAUACUUGGCGAGCAAGUUAUGGGAGUCUAUCAAGACGAUUCUGUGGAGCUGCUUCAAAUUAUACUGCAAUUCUAUGACCAAAUGCGUAAUGUGCGUUCACUGCAUACUGGAGAUGCACCAUCAUUGCCGCCGCAAUUUUUUCUAAAGCAGAACUUUGUAGAUGCCAACAAAACGAUUAAUUUUAUGCGACAAGCAGCGUUAAGGUUUAAUCGAAGCGUUCCCGUUAGUACUCAGAGCUAUUCACCAUCGCCAUAUCUAAAAUACAAUGAAUUUAGCUACGAUGAUCGGCUCAUUUCUCCGCUGGAGCGUCCAAAGCCGUGCUCUGCCGAACCUAUUGUUUUUCGGGAUCGAACCACAAAGCUAGUUAAGUUUCGAUUGAGCGCAAAGGCGCGGAGAGAAAACACCAGCGGAUUGUUUGAUUCGCGCGAAUUAUGUGCCUUUAUAUGCCAUCCUUUCGAACCGCUUAUACUUAGCAUACAGAAGUAUUCGCACUUUUACGCAUACAACAUACACCUUUACAAUCACAAUACUGUUGUUGUACCAGAGAGUGCCUGAUGAAACGAAAUGUAAAUCUGAUUUUUCCUGCCUGUGCAAGAAUAUAAAUAAAAUAUACAAUUAUUUAUAUAGCAAUGUUGCAGCUACUUAUGUACAGUCAUACAAAAAUUAAUAUAAUUGGAAUAUUUUUUAUAGAUACGAUAUGUGAUAUCAUUGUAAUAGAUAGCGUAUACAGUAAUGUAUUAAAAUAUAGCCAAAACAAAAUUUUUUAACGUUGGCCUGGAAAAUAUUAGAAACCUUACACUUAGAGCUAGUAGAUUAACUUUUAAUUUUAAUAUUUUUUUGUGGCACCACGGUAUUUAGUGAUUUCGACCUACGACCAAUGGAAUCCCCAAAUUUGACACAAAUAGAAUGAUCAAUGGAUUACCAUUCGGAUUGAA